CCACAAGCGGGAUAUUUUGGCUUCAUUUUUGCACCAUGGUAGGAGGCGGAGUCGCGUCGUCCAUGUUUUCUACAGUCAAUGGUCGCUACGCUGGCUACCAACCAGAGUGAAUGUGGGGAGUUGUGAAGUAGUCAGACUCAAACGUGAAGGAAGGUGGUAGGGAAGCAGACUCGCAGACAUUUCAGGUUUCCAGAGGUGAGCAAUUUAUUUACAGUGGACUCCAUCAUACGUGAAACUCCACAAAACUUCCCCCAAAGUAACAAAACUCAAAAGUACAUGGAUUUGGUAACACAGCUCACCUCUCCUCUCUCAUCUGACUCUGGCAGAGACUGACUAUGUAUAGGGCCAAUUAGUCCGGCCAGCGAGUUGAGGGACCUAAAAUUCUACACAGAUGACUAAAAAUGACAAAAACCUCCUCACACUUCUGAUUAGCACAUUUACACAACUAAACGGCUCUAUUGACGAAAAAAGAAUCAACAAAUCCUGUCAGACCUUGAAACAAACAAAAGGAAGCAUGUCUGUGGUAGAAGAAACCACCUGGUUCCACCUGCUGAUGUCACGUCUGACAUCAGCAGCACUUUAAAAUGAGGAAAUGCUAGGCGGGCCUUUCCCCACAGCUGACCUACAUGAAGACUGAAAGAAAGAACAAAAGAACUGAAUAACGAGAUUCCAAGGAAGUCAUCUGGAAAAAAACCUGGCACGGAGAAUCUGUGGGGAUAUAAAAGCCGACGGCGCCACGCAGCAGCUGUUUGCAGCUCUCGGCAGACUGAAGCAUUCAUCGGAGGACGACAGACUCCCUGCUGGCGGCGAUGGCGAUGAGCACCAACAACAUGACCAGAAACAUCCAGGCUACAAAUGUGCCCCGACGGACGAAGCGUGUCGCCCUGCUGAUCAACAACAUGCAUUUUUACGAUCCGGCAUUAACCAGACACGGGGCUGACAAAGAUGAGCAGGGCAUGGUCAACCUGCUCCACACUCUGGGAUACGAGGUGGACAGACAUCGGAACCUACCUGCACAGAAAAUGGACGAAGCUCUGAAAAGCUUUGCCAGACGUCCGACACUGCCCCUCACAGACAGCGUGUUUGUUGUUGUCAUGUCCCACGGAGGCAUGGGAACUAUCUGUGGAACGGGCAGCCACAGGAUUGAAAUUGACAGAAUUUAUGAGCGCUUAAACUCUAGAAACUGUCCCGCGCUGAAGGACAAACCAAAGAUCGUCAUCAUUCAGGCAUCCAGAGGAGUGCUCGUACCUGGAAGACCGCCUGUGCCCAUAGAUAACAUGAGAGCUCGAUCAGUAAAUCAAGCUGCUCGGCUGCACACAGAAAAGGAUUUCAUCACUCUUCAUUGCAGCGCACCUCACAUGGCUGCAUACAAACAUCCAGCGUACGGCUCCUUCUUCAUCCAAAGUAUCGCUGAGGUGUUCAACACUCGGUGCGUCCAGGAUCCCAUCGAUGAACUCUUCAAAAAAGUCAUGCAGCGCUUCCAUGUGUCAGGCAUGCAGCAGCUGAUGCCGAGCGUGGAAUUGCACACCCUGACGAAGCCCUUCUACCUGCUUCCAGGAAACACGCAGGUGCCUACACGACCUGAGGAUCCACGUGGGAGACCGGACGCUCUCAGGGCGGAGCCUGCCGGAGUCCGAUGGGUGAGGUCAGAGCUGAAGAAGUAUUGCUGUCAGCUCACCAUCGACAUGAACACGGUGAACAGGAAACUCAAACCGUCCCACCAUAACAGGAAGGUGGAGUAUGUGUCGGAGCCUCAGCGGUAUCCCGAUCAUCCCGACAGAUUCGACCGGGCUCAGCUGCUGUGCAGAGACGGGCUGACGGGUCGCGGGUACUGGGAGGUGGAGUGGACCGGCGAGGUUUACAUAGCGGUGAGUUACAGAGGGAUCAGAAGGAAAGGAGACAGCAACGAGACCCUGUUCGGGUGGAACAAGCAGUCGUGGAGUCUGUACUGCUCCGAUAAAUACACCGUCUGGCACGACGGCAAAGAAACGGCGCUCUCCUCGUGCUCCUACUCCUCCUCCUCCCUGUCCGACUCUGGUAGGGCAGCAGUGUACGUGGACUGUCAUGCUGGCACUGUGUCCUUCCUCAGGGUCUCCUCUGACACUCUGACCCACCUCCACACCUUCAAGACCAAAUUCACUGAGCCCGUGUAUGCCGGGUUCAGAGUCUUCACUGCGUCCUCAGUGCGUCUGUGCUGAGUGGGACAGAGAGCGUCCACUCAUGGCGUGGGCCAGCGUGGAUGUGUUUUCAGAGUAAUGGUGGAGGGAGCUUUCUCUCGCUUCUCUUCCAGGUGACAUUUCUGUCCCGUAUCCUGGAUGUGCUGGACUCAGGGUCAGAGGUUUGGCUGUAGUUCUGACCCAGGCAUCAGUGAUGUUCCCGCUGUGCUCCUCCCUGCCUGAGGGUGGUGCUGUUCACUGGUUAAAGACUUUAAACUGGAACCUGACCAGGCUGGUUUGGCUCCGCCUUCUUCCAACAGUCACAUGUCUGCAGCGUGAACGUGUUUUUAAACUUUGUGCGUGUUGUAAAUAUUAUAAACACGAAUGUCUGUCUGUGUGUGCGACACACUUCCUGUUGUUUGCGUAAUUGUGGUGGUGGGUCGUUGCUCUGGCUGUGGCGCUCUGGUGACCGUGGUUGCACGCUCUGAUAGAUGCUUUUAUGAUGACUGGGAUGUUGUUGUUUUUUUUUUGUGUGUAAUUGUGUAUAAAGUUUGAUUUGAAAUUGCAGCUGUAGUUCCUCAGUGUGGCCACCUGAUGGCAGCAAACCUUCGGACUCGUUCAGCGUGAUCGAAAUCACUGCUUCCUGUUUCCAGACAGUGUCUGAUUGGAGGACACAGAAAGUCAUGUGACCAAACAAAUGUGUACUUAUGUGAUGUUUUAAAGAUCAAUAAACAGAAAAGUGAACGGCUCA